AUGAGGACUAUAUGCUCUAGAGACCUCGGGCUAGGCGGCUCUUAGGGGGCUUUUCAUAAAACAGGGCUAGGUUCCUAUAAAGGAGGCCAGUUUUGGAGCAGGCGCUGAGCAGUGAACAUCUACCCACCGUCCAGCCUCUUUCCACCCAGUUCAAACCAAACAAGUCAUCUUUCCCCCCCAACUCAGACCGCGCGUCCUCCUCAUUUUUGGUUUUUAUUAUUUUUUACUUUCUAACCCAAUUUGUUGGGUAGUUUUUGUUUGACGUUUUUUUGUUUUCCCGGGAAGUGCAGCUUUCUAACUCCACCGAGCCUUCUCAAAUGUAUAAAAUGGAGUAUUCUUACCUAAAUUCCUCUGCCUACGAGUCAUGUAUGGCCGGGAUGGACACGUCGAGCUUGGCAUCGGCCUAUGCGGACUUCAGUUCGUGCAGUCAAGCCAGUGGGUUUCAGUACAAUCCCAUCAGGACCACCUUUGGUGCCACCUCCGGCUGUCCGUCCCUCACGCCGGGGUCCUGCAGCCUGGGGACCCUGCGGGACCACCAGAGCAGCCCGUACGCCGCAGUUCCCUACAAGCUCUUCACGGAUCACGGAGGACUGAACGAGAAGAGGAAGCAGAGGCGCAUCCGGACCACGUUCACCAGCGCCCAGCUGAAGGAGCUGGAGCGGGUGUUUGCUGAAACUCACUACCCGGACAUCUACACCAGAGAGGAGCUGGCACUCAAAAUCGAUCUGACUGAAGCCAGAGUGCAGGUGUGGUUCCAAAACCGACGUGCCAAGUUCCGUAAGCAGGAGCGGGCAGCUGCAGCGGCCGCAGCCGCAGCCAAGUCCAAUUCUGGAAAGAAGUCCGACUCCAGAGACGAAGACAGCAAAGACACCAAAUCUACCGACCCCGACAGCACAGGAGGACCGGGCCCGAACCCCGUGCCCACCUCCAACUGCGGCGGACCGAGCCCCACCGGUGGCCAGGUCAACACCACCGGGAACGGACAGGUGGACCAGGUGAAGACGUCCGUGUCCACCGGCAUGGGAGUGACAGCACCGAGCCAAGGCUGGGCCACCGCCCCGGGGACCAUCACCUCUAUCCCGGACUCAUUGGGCGGGCCAUUCGCCAGCGUACUGUCGUCUUUGCAAAGACAGAACGGAGCCAAAGCUACAUUAGUAAAGACCAGCAUGUUCUAAUGAAGCGUCACAGCAGCGGAAGAAAAAAAAAACAACAGCAGAGGAAAAAGAGAUGCGUUUCCUCAUCCUCCAGAGACUGAAAAGCAAUUUCCCGAGACAGACUGAAAGGACAAUAAAACGCAGUUAAAAAGAAGAAAACAACCGUUAUUUUAUUUUUAUGCCUUGCGCCGUUUCUUGUGCUCAGUGGACACUAUUGCUGUCAAAAUAUUCAUCUUGACAAGUCAUACUGUCUUAUAAUAAUAUCGUUUUUUUUCUUAAAACAAGUGCAACCUGGGUGAAAUGUUUCCAAUCACGCCUGAAGACUGAAGUCCUGAAGGGGGGGGGCAAAUUACUGUACUAAUAACAACAAAAUGACACUUAAUGUUUCUUCAUGCGUACAUUCAGAGCAAGAAAACAAAUCCCAUCCCAAAGCAAAGUGUUCCUCUUGUUCUAAGGAAACAAACGACACAUGUAAGCCCGAACACUGGAUGAAGGGACUUGUUAAAACGAACUUUGUUUUUUUGUUGUUGUUUUUUUUACGCGCCAAAGUCUGCGCAAACAACAGACGUCUGCGCACUGGAAACGCGUCGUGCCAUCAGCGAGCGAAGGAGCCUCGUUAAGUCACAUCACAUGUCAGAGUUCAACAGCUGCUUUGUUCGGCAGAGAGACGUUUAAUAUCCGCGACUCGAGGACGCUCUCGCUCUCUCGCAGAUCCACGGUGUGACACAACAAGCAUCCGACGAGACGCCGACGCAUCCCUGCUUUUCCGUUCUCUGUAGACACAAUCUGCUGUCCGGAAGUAGCCUCUUAACAGCUGUGUGGUUUUCAAUUUUGUUUCCGGGGCUGCUGAGAGUUUAGUUUCUUUAAAUUAUCGAUAUAAACACAAUUAUUUCCUCGAGAGAAAAAAAAGGCACAAACUACUGCAAUGUUCACCUCUGACAGGAAAUCUGUAUGUUUUGUGUGUCUUUCUACGGCAGUGUUUUUGUGGCUCAAAUUGUAUAGUGUUAAUACGUAUUAUUGUCUCCUAUAGUUGAACCAUAGGCCAUACUCCCUCGUAGAUCGAUCAUACAAGUCUUUUUGAUGUUUUACAAAAUUCCCUCAGAAGAAUUUAUUUUGGGUAAAAAAAAAACCAACAAAAAAACAAGGGAAUGGAUGCAAACAUUGUAUUUAUUUCGAUAUAAUUUGCAUGUUGUCUCUUUGUCUGAUUUUACAAUGAGUUCCCUUCCAUUUUGUGAGCAUUAUGUAACACGUUUUGUCCAGGAUCUGAAAGUUAUUUAUAUGUAGGUAAUGAAUGCUUAUAUUUAAGAAGGAAAUAUUUCUACAUGUGCACAUAGUUUUCCAGGUGUACCAUUGAAAUGGUUGUUGAUGAUAAAAAAAAAAAUAAUAAUAGUACAAGUUGCUUUGUCAUGUUUUUUGUUCGACAAAAAAGGAAUUCAAGCCAAGUUCCGAGUGAUUUUUUUUUUUUGAAGUUGGAGUU